AUCGCAUCUCCUAUAACCCCAAUCAUCCAAACAAGAAGCGGACAUCCUCCUCUUCAGCUACGGAGAGGGGGAGAGAGAGAGAGAGAGGUGUCUUCGGAAGGCAACCUAAUCGGCACUUCCCUUCUCUCUUUCCUUCUUCCUGGGGGGGUAAAGAGAGGGGGAUGGAGAUCGAUCGAGCUAUAAAGGAGAGCAGCGAUCGGAGGCUCCAGACUAAGUACAACAACGCCGUUUACGUGAUCCAGAGAACUUUCGCUCUAUACGAGUUUGAACAAGUUGCCUUCAGCUUCAAUGGGGGAAAGGACUCGACUGUUUUACUGCAUUUACUUCGGGCUGGAUAUUAUCUGCAUAAAGAGAAAACAGAUAAUUCCCAUGGGAACCAACUGGACUGCAUGCUGAACUGUCCGAUACGAACUAUCUAUUUUGAGAGCCCUUGUGCUUUCCCUGACAUCAAUUUAUUCACUUAUGAAACUGCUGCUGUUUAUGACUUGCAUCUGGAAAUUAUUCGCUCAGAUUUCAAGUCGGGUUUAGGGACUCUGCUAACGGAAAAACCUAUCAAAGCUAUUUUUCUUGGUACCCGAAUUGGUGAUCCUAAUGCGGUUGGUCAGGAACAGUUCUCCCCUAGUUCAACUGGAUGGCCUCCUUUUAUGAGGGUGAAUCCUAUCUUGGAUUGGUCAUACAGGGAUGUGUGGGCUUUCAUUUUAACCUGCAAGGUUAAAUACUGCAGUCUGUACGAUCAAGGAUAUACUUCUAUUGGGAGCAUACAUGAUACAGUUCCAAAUGCAUUGUUGAGCGUUGCUGAAUCUUCAACCAUGAAAGAAAAUUUUAAACCUGCAUAUAUGCUAUCGGAUGGAAGACAAGAAAGGGCUGGAAGAGCAAAGAAGAUUUCUUCAAAGUCUGAAAGCACUCCUGUUCUAAGCAAUGGCCUGAACAAUAUUGGUCCACAUAAGAACAGCUUUCUCACAGCAUCAAUCAUUGCUGUAGGUGAUGAGAUUCUGUUUGGUACUGCUGAGGACCAAAUAGGAGCAACAUUGUGCAAAAAGCUUCAAACCAUAGGUUGGCAAGUUGCCCAUGUAGCAGUUGUUCGGAAUGAUGUUGAUUCUGUUGCCGAAGAAGUCGAACGCCGGAAAUCUAAAGAUGACAUGGUAUUCCUUUUUGGAGGGCUUGGCCCUUUACAUUCAGAUGUUUCGGCGGCAGGUGUUGCAAAGGCAUUUGGAGUUCGUCUGGCCCCUGAUGAAGAGUUCGAGGAGUAUCUCAGGCAUCUUAUAGGAGACCAUUGCACUGGUGACCGGAAUGAGAUGGCUUUAUUGCCUGAAGGCAUAACUGAAUUACUGCACCAUGAAAUGCUACCUGUGCCAUUGAUCAAAUGCCGAAAUGUGAUUAUUCUUGCUGCAACAAAUGUUUCUGAACUAGAAACAGAAUGGGAAUGUCUUCUACAAUUACCAAGUCCUCCUAUAGUGCGGAUGGCACCAUUCAAGUCAAAGCAUCUUCAUACCAUGCUUUCUGAUAUUGAAACUGCUCAGGUUAUAUCCAAAUUGUGUAUUGAUUUCCCAGAUAUUUAUAUAGGAUGUCAUCGCAAGUCUAGAGCUGGCCCUUUAAUAAUCAAUUUUGUUGGGAAGGACAAUACGAGGGUAGAACUGGCUGCUCAGAAUCUGUGUGAACGGUUCCCAGCAGGAGCAGUCCGUGAAGUUAAACUCUAGCUGAUAUGAUGAUCAGUUCUUUAAUAUUUUGCUGGGCAAAAAGGGGGAUGGUGGAAAGAGAAGCCAACUUGUCCCGAGCUUUUGAUUAGCAUAAGUUGUUCUUUUCCAAGCUCUUGGCCAAACCGCACAUUUUUUAUUUUUUUGAAGAAAGCAUAGUUCAGUAGUUUCUUCCAAAGAGCAUGAAUGGAACUGCUGGGGAAGAAGAGCAUCAACGGUCGCUAACCUUUUGCAUUCAAUUAUCGGCAUCCACAUUAGCUGAUGGAAGCUCACGACCCAGAUAUACAUGUUUCUGGGAAGAAGAAGGAGGCGGGUUCAGAACUGGAGACUGGCUGACACCUCAUUUUGUCUCCUUGUACUUGCAUCUGUAAAAUUCUUCUUACUGCAGUGCAAUUAAUAAAUUAAAUAACAAGAUGCAGGCCUUCCAUAAAA